CUCCGUUGUAUAACAGCAGUCCAUCCCUAUGGAUUUUGAGUUAACUGGUUCUCAACUCUGUACCAUAAUUCCUUGCACUUUAUCUUCGUUCUCCAAGCACGGAGAAAGAUUUUUAGAGCACGUGGCCAUUUAUUAUUUAGAAAUUCAUUCAUUCAGAGAUUCAUUCAUGUGAGAACUAUAGAUUGUCCAUUGAGUCACAUUACAUCUAAUGCUUAAUUGAAUAUUUGCGCAAACAUUUUACACGUGCACCCCCCUUUCCUUAUACUGGAAUGCUCAAUGACAUCAUCACACUUAUAGACCCUGUUUAGAAGGGAAUGGACCAGUGAAAGGAUCUAAACACCUGUGAACAGGGAGUAGGUGAUGCUGUUGCCUCAUUUCUCCAUCAUCAGGGGUUGGGCUCCCAAAUAGGCGUCCUUUAUGGCUGAUCACUCGGGGUUACGGCCCUGUGUAUUUUAGCCUCGAUGCCAAUCUUCCUUAAAACAAAAAUUUAAGCCCUAGGUAGACUUGAUUCAGCACUGGAUCAUCUCAAUAGCUAGAGACUCCCUUGGACUCCCUCCUCUGCUCUUUGUGUGUGAAGUUUGCAUGUUUUCUUGUUUCUUCCAGGUACUGUAGUUUAUUCUUAAUUCCCGCAGUCCAAAGAUAUGCAAUUAGGCCAAUUGGUAUUUCUAAAUUCUCCAAAGUGUGUGUGUGUGUGUGUGUGUGUGUGUGCGGAUGUGCCCUGUGAUAUACUGGCAUGCCGCUAAAAGUGCAGUCGUACUGGAAUAUUCUCCGGGGCCCCCUCUCCCUGCAAUUCUGUCCGCUGUAAGCAGCUGGAAGACGAAUGGAUGGAUGAACAGGGAGUGGCAGCCUGCGGGAUGAAUGCCGGGAAGACAAUUCAGGUCUGCAUGCACGACAUCCCCACUGCUGUCGCCAGCCAAUGGCAGCGCUGAACUCGGAAACAAAGGGAUCAUAGAUGCUGACACGACUUGGGCAGCCACUCAGCCAGCUGCUCCCAGCAGACCAUCCAUGACAUAAAGGCAUCUGACCUGAGAUGACCCGAGUCCCACCUGGUUACCUAUGAGGCCGCAAUCCGAGAAGAAUAUGGUGACUGCAUUGCUGGUGCUGGGCCAGCUGCUGGUUCUGUGGAGUACAGUGAUCCGGGGCAACUCCACCAUGACAAUGGAAACCACCAGCAGGUCCAGUUCGGCGCCCAACAUCGCAGCCAUCGUCGCGCCCAGCGUGAUCCUGGGUGUACUGGCCAUCGUCGUCAUAGUGCUGGUGGUCUUCUUCUGCAUAAUCCGCAAGAAGCGGCAGACGGAGGGAACGUACCAUCCCAGUGCCGAGGAGCAGACGGGGACCAGGAGUGUCCAGGCGCCCGACGCACUCAAGCUGCCCAAGGAGGAACGGCUCAUUUGAGCCCCGUCCCACACAUGCUGCGUGAUGAUUGGAUACCCAAAUCAGACAAUGUGCUGUCGCCAUGCUGGGAGGUCUAGAGGUGCCAGCGUUUAUAAUGAACCCCCACCCCCCAGUAUCCUUAUACCCAAAAUCCUGCUGCCUUAUGAACCUGGACACACGGUUCCAGGAAAUAACUGAGAGCUCUAUGUCGCCGCCCUAUUGACCAGGAUUCCAACUGCUGCGCCCAGAUGAGGCAGGAGUGCCUGGAGGUAGGAAAAUUCAUGCUGGACAGCAGACAGAUCAACACAGGGUUAGAACCAGUACUUGGGGACGGGGUGCUGAGUGCCGGUGUGUCAGAUGGUUUUGUUCAGUUCUGUUGGCUGUGUUCAUCAGAUUGGCUUUGGACCUUCUUCGACACACAGCUUCAGUAGUAUAUCUUAUAUUCCGAUAAAUACACUACAGUUUUGUAUUCAUGAUUAAUUAAGAAACAUAUGGUAGGCUAUGCAAGUUUUGUCUCCCAUUCUGAAUCCUGUUGUUUACGUGGAUACCAGUUGCUGUAGUCCCAGAAUAGGCCUCUUAACUUGGUUGUCCAAGACUGCACACUGGCUGCUGUGGACGAUCGGGUAGGUAAUGUUUUACACUGGAAGGUGACGUGCCACUGAACAUUUACACCACUAGAUGACAAUACUUGCCCCAACAAGUUAGACGUUGUCGAUCUCCAAGCUUAAACUGCGGAAUCUGUCAGUAUCUGUACUGGUGAGUUUAUGGACAGCAUUCCUGUACAGGGAGCUAUUUAUAUAUUUCUGAAAUGUCCCCUGAUGUGGCACGAUUAGUUCCUUAGGUCACAGUGUGAAGGUUUUAGUUUGGUGGAAUGUCAAGUUCUAGCAGUAAAAGAAAAACAGAUAGGACAGGUUUGGAAACAAAUGAAGUCAAAAUGAAACUGAAUAAGCCAGUUUACAAUUCGACAAUGAUGUUACAACAUAUUUUGAUUAUUUUUUUUUCCCAAAUAAUGAUCUAUUGUUAUACUGGAAUCAUUUUUUUUGUAUCACUGUAAGUUCAUUGUGCACGUGCCGAUGAACUUCUUAUAAACGUCACCGAAGCCUCGCGAUUAGCCCGGUCCCCACCCUUUAAAUGCCGGACAGAGUUGAUCGUGACUGGAUGGGAAGUGUUUCAACCUGUUCUGGGAAGCACGGCCUGGUUUUGCCUUACCUGGGGUGGGGAAACAGGGUGCAGGAUGCAUAUCAAAACCUUAAAUAAAUGCUGCAAGUGAUGGUC